AUGAUAGCGAUAAGGGUCAAUUCCACCAAUACAACCGAUACAUCAACUACGUUCAAUUUAACCACGCAGUUACUAACAACGCUGUUUGCAUCAACAACACGGGCGUACCAUCAACAAUCAACGACACUUGAUAAUUCAACAGAGUACGAUGAAGAGGAGGGAAACAAUUCUUCCAAACUAACGCUUGUACUGUUAGGCCUGUUGUUCAGUUUGUUUAUCAUUGUGACGAUCGUGGCCAACCUGCUCAUCCUGGUAGCCUUCGGAACGCACGAGAAAUUGCGGCAUCGUCCCACGAACCAUUUUUAUGCCAGCCUAGCAAUUUCAGACUUGGCCGCCGGGUUGUUGGUGCAUCCACUCGCCGCCUAUGACAGCUUGCUCGACAUGUAUGGUUGGCAGUUAGGUAAAGUGUGUUGUAUUGCUUGGCUUUCCAUUGACUAUUUUGUAUAUAACUCAUCUAUCUACUGUAUGUGCGCCAUAUGUUUGGAUCGUUAUCUGUGUAUUGUCCACGCCGUAUACUACCGAAAUAGAAGGUCAACGAAAAUUGUUCGCAAUAUGAACAUUGUAGCCUGGGUUCUUGGCUUUAUUGUGUCUGUUCCAGCCAUGGUGUUGUGGGAUACAUUGGUAGGCUACUCUAUAAUCGAUUACGGUACAGAGUGUUUUGAAGAAUGGAUGGACAAUAUGCCUUAUGUUAUUGCUAACAUGGUACUCACCAGUAUAUUGCCAUUUUUGAUAAUAUCCUUACUCUAUCUGAGAAUCUACAUCGCAGUAAAAGAGGGCUCGAAAUCAAAGGCCCAACAAACAUAUAGCUAUACAGAAAGAGGAAACGGGGAAACGUUUGAAUUUUCUAGAAGGGGUGAAACCUGUGGACCAACAACGACAGCGAGGGGAGUUGGUACUAACCCGAAUUCUUCUGGAGAAACACGAUUGCGGGAAAUUACAGGCAUACAUCCCGAUGACAGUCUUGGCAAGCAGAGUAGCAUCCCACGGGAUGGGAGUGAAAAUGUCCAUACAAGCAAUACAACUUUGAAUCACAUCGGUGGUGAUAAUCUGGCCUUUGUAAUAGACGACAACCUUGAUAGCAUAUCCCCAAACAACUAUGUGAAUAAGGACACUUUAUUAAUAAAUAUGGAUGUAGACAAACGUUUAUCGAAUAAUACGGUCGGCAAUAUUAAAACAAGUGUUGACAAUGAAAUUGACAAGCUUGCCGUGGCCACAGUUUCACCUAAAUAUAACGAGAAGUCCCGUGUAUGCUCUAAACGGUCCAGAGACAGACGAGCAGCGAAGGUAUUGGGUCUGUUGGUGGGGUUCUUUUUGUUAUCGAACAUGCCGUUGACAAUCGCUAUGAUUUGGGAUUCUUUUUGCACGUCAGUAUGUCUGCCGUCUACUCUGCUGAGCAUUGCUUAUUGGUUGCAAUACUCCAACUCUAUUGUCAAUCCCUUCUUAUAUGUUUACAACGAUAAGGAAUUCCGAAACGCUGUUGUCAGAGUUGUCAUGAGAACUCUGUAUUACUGUCGGUUAUAA